AUGGACUCUCCCAUUUUUGUGUUGAAGAGUCUGGCAAAAGGAAGCCAAAUGUUUCGCAUGAUUUUCUACCAGCUGAUUCCCCCACUUCGGAAGCAUUUGCUGUUCUCUCGGGAAAAGGACAAUGAUAUCGAUGAUCUGGAAAUGCAAGUGGUGCACUACAAGCCAGAAGGGCUGGACAUGUUGUGCAAGAACACCAAGUUUACUCGCAAGGAGCUGCAGAUUAUGUAUAGGGGCUUCAAACAGGAAUGUCCAACCGGGAUAGUAAAUGAAGAAACAUUCAAGGAAAUAUAUGCACAGUUUUUCCCUCAAGGAGAUGCAACAGCAUACGCACAUUAUGUGUUCAACACAUUUGAUCAUGACCACAAUGGUUCCAUCAGCUUUGAGGAGUUUGUCACGGGUCUGUCUGUGUUAUCAAGAGGGACAUUCCAAGAGCGACUGCAGUGGGCAUUUAGCCUGUACGAUGUCAACGGGGACGGGAUCAUAACCAAAGAAGAAAUGCUGGACAUUGUGACAGCAAUCUAUGAGAUGAUGGGACGCUAUACUGAACCUUCCAUUGAUGACACUACAGCCAAGGAGCAUGUUGAGAGGGUCUUCCAGAAAAUGGACAUUAACCAGGACGGUGUAAUCUCAGUGGAGGAAUUUAUGGACACCUGUAGAAGG